UCUCGCCUCCUUCACUCCACUGAGCGCUUUUGUUGAAGUCCGGCGGAGCUGAUGCGAGUCUUCAGAGCGCUGCAGUGAUUCUCGGCUCACUUUAAGCGAUGUGUUGGAGCUAACUGCGCUGUGCUGCGUGAAAAAGAAAAAGGUUUUCCUUUCAGUUUUUUUGUUUUUGUUUGUUUUUUCUUACUGAUAACCCCCCUCUUACUGUGGAUAAGGAAUUGGAAGUGAAGCUGCAUUCCAGCGGGGCUCUGGAUUAUACUUUCCCAAGAGCGCUGGGCUGUCGUCAUCAUGUUGCUCUACAUCGUUUGCUUCCUACUGGCCUCUGCAGUGGUGUUCUCCACCGACUGCCCAGAAUCCUGUUCCUGCAACUCCCUAAACUCAGUGUUUUGCAUUCACAGGCAGUCCAGCACUGUACCCCAUGUCCCUGUCUCCACCCAGCAUCUAUACAUCUUUCAGAACGAUAUUGAAACCUUGACCCAAGAUGACUUCAAAGACAUUGUCGAGCUGGUGUCACUGGACCUGAGCCAGAAUAAGUUAGCGGAAAUUCCAGACAUGGCUUUUAAGUCGCUGACGAAAUUGAAGAACUUGGACCUUUCUGCUAACCACAUAACUCACAUUUCCAAAGACAGCUUCUCAGGGUUGGUCCAGCUAGAGAGGCUGUAUCUCCAUGGAAACCUCAUUCAGAGCAUUCAUUGUGAAGCUUUUGAAGGUUUAGAGAUGCUGUUGGAGUUGAAGCUGCAAGGAAACAAGCUCACCUCCCUGCCUUUUCUCAAUUUCCCCAGGCUACUUCUUUUGGACCUCAGUCACAAUAAACUCCCACCCCUGGAACAUUCACAUCUUCAUACUCCCCAUCUAGAAGCGCUGAAAUUGUCCUCAUUAGGACUACCGUCAUUGGAUGAAAAUCUUGUAGCCUCCCUGAGAAACCUUCAUGAACUUGACUUGUCAAUGAAUCAGUUAAAGGAAGUCCCUCAAGCCCUGAAGCAGGAAUCUCUCAAGGGGCUUACGAAACUAAGCCUGGCUGCUAACCCACUUUUUGAGCUGAGGGUGAGUGACUUUCAUCAACUGGUUGCACUUCAAGAACUGGAUCUAAGCGGAGUUAAUCUCCAGGGAUUUCCAGAAGGUUUCUUUGAAAGCUUCUCAAAGUUGACACAACUGACCAUAGCCGAGAACCCCUUCAACUGUCUCUGUCCACUGGCCUGGUUCCCUGUCUGGCUAAAAGAGAAGGAAGUCAAUUUGAAGCGGCCAGAGGAAACCAGAUGCCAUUUCCCUCUCGUUAAUGCUGGGAAGACACUUUCGGCAUUAGAGCACAACGACUUUGGAUGUCCACUAACCACAACAGAAUCUGUUGGCUCCCCUGUAGAAAACACCCCUGUUCCCCAAAUCCCUACCACCUCUCCAGAAACCGCCCAUACUAACGCUAUCCCUCCCCCUCUACCACCUAGUGAUGAAACUGUUCCCUCCAUAACAGACAACCCAUCCUUUGGAUCAGAUCCUCCAGUGUCUCCUAGCUCUACUGUUGUGGAAAACGAGUUACAUUUCUGCCCACAAAACAUCUGCUUGAAUGGAGGGACUUGCUAUUUUGACCCAAAUGGCCUACUCAACUGUUUGUGUUCUUCGGGAUCAUCUGGAGACUACUGUGAAAUUCCCGAGGUCCCGCAGAAAUCUGAAACAGAGGUCUCUGUGGUGACUUCAGCAAUGCCGGAUAAACUAGAUGCGAUCAGCUCACGGGAGGUGACGUCCACAUCAAUACUCCUUGACCUGCACCGCUUCAUCGAGACACGGCCUAACAUUCGUGGCAUCAGGCUGACCUAUCGUAACCUCUCAGGCCCCGACCGUCGCCCUCACAUGCUGAGUUUGCCAACAUACUACCCUGUAUACACUUUGCGUGGUUUGAACCCAAACUGUACCUACUUGGUCUGUGUCAGUCCCCUUGGAGAAAAGAUCAUUUAUAAAGGUAACAGCUCUGUAGAACUGGGUCCCUGUACAGAGGCUCGCACUAGUCCUACUAUCUUUGUAGAACAUUUGGUAGAUCCAGACACCCCUAUGACAAAGAAUCUCAUUGCAGCGCUGGCAGUCCUAGCAUUAGUCCUGGUGUUGGUUUUGGUGGCUGGUACAAUCAUCUGUGUACAGAAGAAGAGGCAGGCAAAUUCAGAAAUGGAGCUGGAGCUGGGCUCAACGGAUCCUGAGGCAAUAGACCUGGAGGGUAAAAAGGUUCAUCUAGAGAACGGAGUCAAUGGUACACUACUCCUCAAACAGCCCGAGGCAGAUCAUUGCCAGACCCCACAACUGCCCCCAUUACUGCAACAAAAUGGCAGUAUGGACUAUGAAGCACCCUUGAUGCAAGGACACUGUCCAUCAAAUAACAAUCAAGCAACACUGAAGGCGUCUUAUUUCUAACGCUGAGGAGAGUUUCCGUUGGGACGUUCUGAACCUGCUACGUCUCUCUUAGUCUCAGAUGUCCACUAUUGGAGAUAGGGCACUUACUGUGCUCUGUUGUGCACAUGAUGAAAUAACAUACCAGAUUAUAUAUUUAAGAGACUCAAAACAAUGGGAUUUCAGAUCACAGCAUAUUCAAAAUGUGCUUAACCACUAUGGGACAAUGAAGAAGACGUGAUUGAAAUUCAGUGAACAGAGGGUGGCAGUGGAACAUCUAAUCCAAUCAAUAAAUCAAGUGCAAUCAAUUAGAAGGGUCUUCGUAGUGGACAAUGCCUGCUAGCAGUGACCUACUAUAACUCUGUACUUUUUUUCUUUGCUUAUAAGAAAGAGAAACACUUUAAUCUUGUUGCUGGAUAUGGGAAUACUGAAACUGAAAAAAGUGCCUUGAACUGGAGAAGUGCCAGAGGUUUAAAGACAUGAAGAUUUUUGAAUCAUAAAUUUUAAUGUUAAUGGACUUUCAAGUACCUGCAAGGGAUUGAAAAAAAAGUUGCACUGAAAACUACACUUGUUUCUUUUGUGAUGACUGCUACAAAGCGAAGAUUUGGAGAAGCAACAACAAAGUUAUGUUCGGAAACUUUGCAAAUCGUUACAGAACCGCUGUUCAAAGUCUGGAUUCAAGUGUUGACAUCAUCUAAUGUGAGGACAAAACAAAUCUUGCAAACACAGAUUUGGGAUUCUGCAGUUUCUCCAGAAACACCACAGUUUCCUACAUGGCAGAGCCUUUGGCUUCUCUGGACUUAAAUUUACUGUGAAAGAUUAAAUAAAAUGGACUUUAUUUGUAUUAUUCUGUGCCGUUACAGAGAGGCUGUUUUACCAGUUGGCUUUCUGCAUUUUUUGUGAAUUUUUACUGCCUCUUUUGUAAAUAGUCAUUUAGUAUUAAUAUUGUUGAGAGAUGAAGCAAUGGUUGUUUCUGCUCAAAGGGCAUAAUGUCAUCAAGUCUCAUCAUGUCAACUUUUCCUCUUUAUCUUUGUUCAGCUCAAGGUAGCUUCACUAAAUUCUAUGUAGAGAAUCGAGAAAAUCGGUUCUUGAAAAACAAAGAACAGAAAUAUGAUCAUGUUAAGUUUGAAACAGAAAACUUGGACUUCAGUGCAUAACGCAAUGUACAUCCAGGACAUAAGCGAUGCUCGGCUCAAAUUAAAGUUUAUCAAAAAGAUUUAUAAGGUGAUUUAUCCAGUGAAGGGGAAGAAAUCAGGAGAAAUAUGGUAACUUUAAAACUUCACAUAGAGUCAAUGUGAGUUUUUAUAAAUGGUGGGUCAAAUUAUUGUAGGGGAGUUACUCUAGUGACUCCCUAUUCCCCCUGACGUUACAUUUUCAGUAAACCCCAGUAAAGUAGGUCCUAAAAAAAUGGGCUGUUAAAACAAAACCAUCACAAGUGGAAAACCUUCAUCACCAUUGUGUUCAUAAUUUCAAUUACCGUACAGUUUUGUUUUGUUUUUUGUUUUUUUGCUCAGAAAUCUGACAUUUGCCCUUUAAAAAAAGAUGUAUCAUCAUGGUUAUUUUUACUGCUUGUCAUUUUUGCUUACAUCACUUAAAAGUUUCCUUUAUUUAUCUUUACUUGGGUAAAGAUAAAUACAGGUCUAAGUCUCACAAGACCUUAUCAAAGCACACCGGUAGCAAUAAAACACAAACUUAAAAAUGCACAUGAACAUCCAAAUUUAAUGCAGAAAGAGAAUUGUAAUGAAUACUAUUAAUAUUUUUCUAUUGAAGAUGUAUAACGUGUUUGUUCUCCGUAGCCCCAAACACCCCGACACAGCAAGAGCAGCUACUGUGACGUGCAGCGAGACUGUGACAAACGUUGGGUGUUUCUGUCAUUUUUAAUUUUCAUGGUGGAAAACAAAAUGAAUGAGAGCAAUUAUGUGUUUUUAAAGCGAUGUCAUUGUGAAAACGUUAAAGAGUCGCGUUGCGAUUUUGUAUACAUCUAAAAGGUUUUUUAUUUCAUCCCACGCCACACUGCAUAAACUGUAUGUCAAGAAACAUCAACUCCAUUGGAGUUAAAUUUGUCAAAAACCCUUAUUACUUUUUUAAAAAUUUUUGUCUAUUUGUUCAUUUGUCUGUAUCUUUUCUUUAUAUAUAAGUCAAGACCAUCCAUCACUAGCUUUGUCUUCCUGUUUUCUUUUGAACAGUUUUACAAAAUGUGUAACUGGAAGAUUCUCCAUAUUUCUUUGGCCAGUGAAAAUAGCAGGUUAUGUUUGUAAUAUUUUUUUUACACAUGCUUUUUAACACUACCUUCCCAGUUUGUUUAGGGAAACUUGUCUUUUCUUAUCGUUGUCUCCUUUGUUUGUUUGUUAGCUUCACGUGUAGCAUUUCUGUAUAUAUUUUACCAAUGCUGAGAACAGAACAGUAUUAAAAUGACUUAUUAUUGUUAU